ACACCCACAUGCUCACUUGCAUUCGGAACGUCGCGCCGAACGGUUGUGCGUGCUGUUGUGUACUCGGGCCGUUUUUCACGCACGGGAAAACGAAAACAAUAGCAGACAAGUGCGUUGCGGGGGGAGUGUGGGUGAAGGAAAAACACCCGACAACGAGCCGUGUCGCGUGAAGCAAAGUUCACCGAUUUUUCGUGUCCGGUUCACCGGUCUAUUGUGCAAGAGCCUGUUUUGGCCGCCGGCGGUGUGUUCUAAGCGAAAAGAAAAAAAAAACUAUGAAUAUAUAUGUGCGUGUGCCGUAUUGUUGGUGAAAUAAAGGAAGCAAGAUUAAAAUUGGCAAAAGUGCGAAUGCCAUAGUGGUGGCGGAAGUGAAGAAAUAAAAUACAACCAAUCGGCAGCAAGAAAAAAAGGAGAAAAACUCGCGUCGAACGAAAAUUCAAUUUAUCGUUCCUGCCGGCGCUUGUUUUAUUUGUGUGAAGAAUGUCGGCUUGAUUUGGUGGUGUGACGAGCAUUAUUUUUUCCUGCCUGCUGUUUCUUCUCUUGUGUGGCGCCUCUGUGCGUGCGUGCGUGUGUGAGAAACAACGGAAAGCACUCAGCAUAAAUCUCACGUCGGUGGUGUGCUAUGACGACGGCGGCCUUGUACGGAUGAUACGAUAAACAUAUGCAAUCUGUGCCGCCUUCCGCCAAAAAAACACACACAAACACAACCAAUCGUCCUCAUCAAAUUGUGUGGUGUGUUUGGUUUCUUGACGGGAAAGCGGGAAUAAAACAGCGGAACCCGCUUGACAUUUUUGGGAUACUACUGCGUGACAGUUUUGGUGAAUUAGUGUGUGGCUGUGUGCAGAAUGCUAACCGCAAUGGAUGAUUGUGUGCCGCGAUUGCUACACUGCUGUUCCGGUUGAUAAGCAAGCAAGCAAACACCGUCAGACGAUGACAGCUGUCAUCGGUUAAGCUAGUGAUCGUUGAUCGUGUGUUUGAUCGCGCCGGAGACAAACGUAGAAGAGUGAACAUUUGGGGAAAUAGAAAAAAAAAAGGUGUGGCGUGCUGUUGUGAUAUGCAGACAGCAUGAAAACCCGGCACCAUUAUCAUCACAGUAGGAAAAGUGACAGCGACAACGGUUGCUAUAGUAGCAGCAGCAGCAGUAUGGCUUUGACAGUAGCAGACACAGAUGCCAUCGAUCGGCGACGAUGUAGAAGUAGUGCGUCAAUAGUAGCGUCGUCGACGACCACCACCACAACAGUAGCAACAACAAAUGGCCGCAACCAUCAUCGACGGUGGCAGAGGCGAACGACGACAGUCCACAGCAACAGUAGCAGUACCGGUGGCUGGCGAAGAAGGAGCAGUAGAGCACUGGAGCUGGACAGUGAAGCACCCCGAGAGGAUGACAGUAACACACUCACCACCAAGCGCCGUCGGUACAGAAAUGUAAACGCCCGGUUAAGAUGUUGCCUGCCCGGGCUCGGUACGAGCCCUGCCCUGACGAUCGCUCUCGUGAUUGCGCUGCAGCUGGUCGCACUGCAACCGACCGUGCUGCACUGUGCCAAAACGUUCUACAUGCACUGGAACACGACGAACAGCAUCUUCCGGAUCGACAACACCGACCACAUCAUCGACGUGAACAAGGGCAACUCGCAGUUCGAGUACGAUCAGGUGCAUAUCAUCUGCCCGGUGUACGAGCCGGGCACGUUCGACAACGAGACGGAAAAGUACAUCAUCUACAACGUGUCGAAGGUGGAGUACGAGACGUGUCGCAUCACGAACCAUGAUCCGCGGAUCAUCGCAAUCUGCGACAAACCGAACAAGCUGAUGUUCUUCACCAUCACGUUCCGGCCGUUCACGCCACAGCCGGGCGGUCUCGAGUUCCUACCGGGCAACGAUUACUACUUCAUCUCGACCUCGUCCAAAGAUGAUCUGCAUCGGCGGAUAGGCGGUCGCUGUACCACCGACAACAUGAAGGUCGUCUUCAAGGUGUGCUGUGCGGAUGACCAGCAGCAGCAGCAGCACCAUGGCCACCUGCCAUCCAAUGGGACGGUCAUUGGUGGCGGUGGUGGUGGCAGCAGCCACUCGCACGAUGGUUCCAGCAGUGGCGGUGUGUCGAUCAACACCAACAACACCAUCUCGAUCGAUGCGUUCGAUCCGAACUCGCGGUUGCUGCCACCGGCCAUCAACACCAGCCAGGGUAACAUCGUGCAGAACACCGUCAACUGGCCGGUGUGGAACGAUGGCCAGCAGCACCAGCAGCCACCGCAUCUACCACCGCACGUACGUCCACCGCCAGCAACGCCUGCCAUCAUCGGAGUGAACGGGCGACACAACCACCACUACACUGCGUCCCCGCCCCGGACGUCCAUCAACAGCGGGACGGGGAUGGGAUCGGGCGGGUCCGGCGGUCUGUACGGUAACGGUAACCUUAAUAACCAUAACUACAACAUAAACAGUCCACCGUCCAAUGUGCAUCCGGGCCAGAGCAAACCGACCAAGAAGACGAAAGAGUACGACAAGCACCCGAACGAGGUGGUGAAGAACGAGGAGCUGACGUACAACAAUGGUGCGGUUGCACCGACCUGUGCGACGACCCGAUCGGUAGGGUUGUUGCUGGUGGCCAUUUCGCUAGUGGUCUUCGGAUGGAGGACGUCCAUCCCGAGCAGUAGCUUCGGCAGUUGGUUGACGGCGAGCUGAGGAUUGUUGGUGGAAGAAGUGGAAGAAGAUUCUGGUAGAGGGUGGCAUAAUGCAGGUGGAGGAGGUCACGCAGGCGAUGUACCACCACCACCACCACCACCACCAUCACCGCCACCGCCACUGUCCGCCGAAGGUCCUGUCACGUCAUCCCUUUCGCCGCUGCUGUAGUGUGUGAGAGUCCUUUCCCAAUCUCCCCAACACAACACCCUCUGAAAUCCCCGAUGUGAAGAAGGAAGCUGAUGAUGCUCUGUUCUGGGUCUCGGUCGAUGCAGAGGCUGUUCGUGAUCGUGAGCGGUAGUGUGAUGGCAGAAUGACGUUCCGCAGGGUGUAGUCCCCUCACGUACUCUCUGCCACGUCUAUCCCUGAAGAGGUGGCAUAUGUAGAUAGGUUCUGGGGUUUUUUUUUUGGGGAGGAAAAAGAAACGGACUACGUAUGUCUACGCGCGUACGUAACAUCCCGUUCAUUAUAGUCACACGAGAAGAACGAAAUCCUUAAUAUAAAAACCCUCGCCCCCCCCAUUAGGAGAGCUAGCAAUGACUCGCGUCACACUCGGCGGUGUUUUAAGUAGAUGCACGCGGUGUUUCUUUUCUUAUUUAGCGGAAAAAAGGAUGCGUGUCCGUGUACGUGUGUGUAUGUGUGUGUGUGUGAGAGAGAGCGAAUCCUUUUACAGGAUUGGCGGUUCCCUUACAUCCCCCAGCUCCGCAACCCUAAAUCCAACCCCAUCCCCUUUAGAACCACACCAACCAUAUGUAGUCGUGUAGUAGAGCAGAGUGAUAUUAAUUUAAAGUAAAGGAAACAAAACGAACAAAACAAAAACGUGCGAGUCAGAGCGGAAGAGAAAUAAUUGGAAAACGCGAAGAAGAAGAAGAAGAAGCAAAAAGAAAAAUCGUUAUUUUAACAAGCGAAACUAAGUAGGAAAAAGUAUGAAAAUUGGAAUCCCUGUAUAGAAAACGAAUUUCGGAAAAACAUGAAAACAAAAACUGAAAACAAAAUCCCACUGUGUCACUGUUAAUUCGACCCUCUCAAUUCGGCCCAAUUCGGUAAAGAAGGUUUAACCUAAUUGAUGAUGAGGAUAAUAAUAAUGGUAGUAGACUAACAAAUACAUCACCUUAAGUGAGCCUAGCAAAAGACAGAACUCAAGAGAGGAAAAUAAGCUGGAAGGGAAGAAGCAUUUGUUCGCCAUAUAAUUUCCUUCCUUUCUCCGCUCCAAGGUGCUUAAAGGGGGGAAACCACAGGAAAAAAGGUGGUGAUGAGAUGUGGAAAAUCAUUAUCAAGAUUCAUACAAUUUGUACAACUGUGAUUUAGUGUUUCCCUAGCGCUCUCACGCAGAAUGGGGGUAAUUAUUGCAAGGCACACGUUUCCUCCAGUCACCUUGGUCGACUACUAAACACUAGCUGUCAGUAGUGCUUGGCUUUUAAGAACCUUAGCACCAAGGUUGUUAUUGUUGAGGUGUGUGCAAGCGUCUCCUAAAAAUCUGUGAUCAGGGAAUUUAUCUUGGAUAGCCAUAAGUAUACUAAAUCUUCGAACAUUUUUUUUUCUUUAUUAAAACUUUGAUAAAUUAUUACGUUCAUUCUACGGCAAUGCCAAUUUUUAUUCUAUCAAUGCGUUGAUAGCUGGUCCUUAUCUAUAUUUCGAUAUUCAGAGCCAUUUGUGGGGAGCCCAUUGGUUCUAAGUGGGCUUCACAUUGUAUUCACCAAGGUAAAUAGAUGUCUGGGUCCUAUUUUGCUGGUGAAGUAAAUUCUUCUUGAUGGCUUAUAAAAUAAGUUUAACUGACCAAAAACACUUCGAAAUAAAACACCCCCAGCAAUAUUGUUUUACAAGGAAACAAAGCAGUUAAAUCUAUAUUUAUUGUUCAAACAACCUCACCACCUUAAAGCCUGGAGCGCCUUUAAGCACCUUGGCAGGGUUGCGUUAAUCCCCCAUUCAAGUCAUUCCUCGAUCCACCCUCCCGUAAAGCGAAGCGUUCGCGAGAUGAAACAACAUGACAGCAUAUAUACAUAUAUAGCAUAUACAUUGAAAGACUGACCAAUAUUUCCAAGCCCACUCCCACUCAUCGCAUCCACAACCCCAUUGAAAUAAUAUAUAAAUGUAUUUGUGCAUCCACCCAAGUGCAUCACAGUGUUAACCUUAACUUUAAAUGUGCAUUUUAUCAUCACCCAUGACACCACCCCCACCAACCCCCCCGGCCCCCCCACCAUUUGCUGCUACUGGUGUGUAAUUUAAAACUUAUAUAUAAAGCUUAUGGCAAGUGCAUCCGCGGGGAGGAGAGGGUGGCUGCGAGAACGAUAUUAGUGUGUGUGUGUGCUGCACGCACGAUGUAUUUUCGCUUUAAGUUAUUUUAUUUUCCCCUCCAAUUUAACUAAACAUCCCCCUAAAUAACGGUCAUCUAACCAAUCAAAUAGUCAAACACCGUCAGGGUACAUGAGAGUGUCCUUGAAUAUCCGCAAUAGUGUAAUAUUGGUACUUUAACUUUCUUUUUGGGACGAAUGCUAACACGAACCCAACGGUUUACUUUUUUCGCCUCAUUCGUACUUGUUUCUUACUACUCUAAUCAGUGUUUUGAACGAAAGGUGGGCAACUGCCUGGGAAGCCAUGUUCUCUGCCUUCUGUACCACUAACACACACAUUCUGUCAAACCUAUUUCGAUGGAAAUCUUUGCGUGUUGCGGACGAAUUUGGGAGUCGAAUCGUUAUUAGUAGUUCCGUUGUGUGCCGGCACAAUACUUCACUACGCGCGUGUGUGUGUGUGUGUGUCUGCAUAAAUGUCACCCGUCACAGCACCCUUGCUUGCGACAGCAUAAGUGAUUGUAAUGUGACAAGAAACAGCAAGUUGAUAAAAAAAUGGAAAAAUAAGGAAAAACUAGGAUCGAAAAGGGGGAAACAAAUUUGGAAAGAAAAACGAGGAACGCGUUGUGUAUAAAUAGUGUCGUAAAUUUAGCGAGAAAAAGAAAGAGAGAGAGAGAGAGUGCAGAACCAGAAUAGACCGUGAGAAAUGUGUAAAGGAAAGCAAAUGUAAAAAUGGAGCGAAAACAAACGAGGAGGAGCAGGCAGGCAAGUUAUUUCGGAUGGUGGUCUGAAGAGUGGCCCCGUAUUUUCGAAACAUUAAGUUAAACAAUACCGCUAAUUUAAUAUUGUCGAGUUUUAUAAUUAUUAGCCCCGUCAGCCAGCCCCUGCGGCUGUGUGUUGUCUGGUCGGGUGGAGUUUUCCUCUUCGACGGUUUUCCUAUUUGUCGGUUACCCAACGACAACCCGAGGAAGAAUCGACAAAGUGGGGGGUGGGGGGUCAAAAAAGCGAUGGAGGCGCGAACUAGCCCCCACCCCCCCCCACACUCUGUGUCUGUGUCUCCUGUGUCCUUGAGUUAAUGUUUAUUUUUUUGUAAAUAUAGUGCAUAUUUUCGCAAAAAACUAUCAAACACAAA